UGGUAGCUCCAACCUCAUUGUCCCUUCAUUCUCUUCUUGCGUUGAUACAAAGUUAGGGGAUUUGCUUACCAACACAAAGACGAUGAGCUCUUUUCUGAGACGCAUCGAUUUCGUGAAGAUGGUUUUCAUGGUAUUCAUCGUCUUGGUUUUCCUGGGAAGUCCAGCUAUCGCCACGGGAAAAUUAGACUUGUUGGCUGAAUUAUACGGCAGGGAAGACAUGGUUAAGUGGGCUGGUUACGGAGACGAGAAGCUCUCCACCGUUCUGAUCGAUGGCAAACUUCUCUGCCAUGGCUCUGGUGGAAAAGAUGAGGCACAUCCCGUCUCAGGAGCAACGGUGGGCGUCUUCUGUGGUGCACGGGGGAAGGCGAAGCAAGCAUGGAGCAAAGGGAGCACAGACAGUUACGGGGAGUUCGUAAUUGAUGUUCCUUCACAUCUCCAUGCAAUCCCAAACUUAGAAAAGAUAUGUCAUGUUAAAGUAGUUCAUCUACCAAGAAGCAGUCCCUGCCGACAACCUUGUAUAGGAAAGCACAAAUGGAUGAUGAAACUGACCUCUGUAGGUGACGGCACCCGCACUUACACUACCAACAACAUAAGAUUGAUGAUGCCUCCUCAGAAGCACACAUGAGAAUGUGAUGAGGGCAUAGUGAAAUUAUGCGUACAGCAUAUAAUGAAUUGAAAGACUUGCAGCUUGUGUAUGGAUGGCGCUUCAGUCACAGUUUGAGUUGCAGGUUUGAUGCAUUUGGCUUUGCUUUGUUUCAAGCAUGUAUAACUGAAAAGAGUGAAAUGUUUGGGGAGUGGUGUAAGAUGGUGUAUAUAUAUAGCUCCUUCUUGUUUGAGAUAUACAUACAUCAAUUCAUAUUCCAAAUUAAUGUGAUUCUUGAUCCUUUGUUUGCGCACAAUGAAUGUUUGUAAUAGA